AUGGCCAUGUCAGGUGGAGUGGACUCUAGUGUAGCAGCCGCCUUACUACACAAACAAGGCUACCAAGUUGAGGGAAUCUACAUGCGCAAUUGGGAUACUGCUGAUGAGCGAGGCGUGUGUACCAGCACAGAAGACUGGAAGGAUGUCCAGCAGGUGUGUGCCACGAUUGGAAUCAAAUGUCGCCAGAUCGACUUUGUAAAACAGUACUGGCAAGAUGUGUUUUCCCAAACCCUCGAAGACUAUGAGGCCGGGCUCACUCCAAACCCUGACAUCCAAUGCAACCGGUCAAUCAAAUUCGGCGCCUUGCUAGACCAGCUCCCACAAGACACACUCCUGGCCACCGGGCACUACUGCCGCCAACAAGCAGACGGGCGUCUGCUGCGUGGACUGGACCCUACCAAAGACCAAUCGUACUAUCUAUCGACAGUGCCGUCCCAAGCUUUGCAAAGAACGAUUUUCCCCUUGGGCGAAUUUACUUCCAAGUCGCAGGUCAAGCUUCUUGCUGCCCAACUUGGCCUCCAUGUGGCACAAAAAAAGGAAAGCAUGGGCAUUUGUUUUGUUGGACAAAAGCGCCGGUUUGCCGACUUUCUGGCCCAGUACAUUGACCAACCACCAGGCCCAGCCGUGGAUCUGGAAGGUAAACCGAUCGGACAGCACAAGGGCUUGUUUGGCUACACUAUCGGCCAAUCAUCCCAUAUCCACCAUGGCCCCCACCGAUGGUUUGUGGCUCAAAAGGACAUGAAGACCAACACCUUGAUUUGUGUGCCUGGUUCAACACACCCUGCGUUAUUUCAUCAAGGCUGCAUCGCCCGAAACUGGGUGUGGAUCAAUGGUCCCCAGCCAAUUGAGAGAGUGGAUUGUCAGGUUCGGUACCGUCAGGCUGCAGCAAAGGCUAGUCUGACGCUCGAAGAUGAUGGCCGAUAUAAGAUUAUGUUUGAUGAGCCAGUGCGGGCAAUGGCACAAGGCCAACAGGUUGUUGUGUGGGAUAAAGACUGGUGUCUUGGAGGAGGUGUGAUUGAAGAUAUUUUACCAGCACUGUCAUGA